AUGUUCUACCAAAACGGAACCAUGAUGCGAGAGUUUGAUACCAGCGCCCAAGGGGUGAAAUGGGUCAAUGUAUUCCUUGACAAGCGAGACGGCAGACUCGACGACCUGGCGAUAAUGUGCACGAUAGUCACCUGUAUCCGAACCAGAGUUGUCAGCAUCACGGAUCAUGCCAUGCAUCUAGAUAUGCCGCUGUGUGUCUCCAUCCGAGUGCCAGGGGACCACCACAAUAGGGAAUCGAUUCUGGCCGCUGCGGAGUUGUCGGCAGAGUCUCUAAGAUCGCAUGUUGCCGCAGGGUCUGUUUGGAUUGAUCGAGCUCUGCUAUUUCAGAGAUAG